AGUCAGAUAUGGCAGCUGUGAAAGCUUUUUAUAGUCUGUUGUUUGGAUGGUAGGUUUUCUUGUAACUUGCUGAACUUUUUUAGUUGAUUUUUUUUGGCUAGUACAAAACAAAUUGUCCUGUACUCCCCUGGAAACCUGCUUUGAGUCCAUUGUAACCCUUCUCUUUCUGUCUUUCCUUAGGAAAUUUGCUACAAGACCCUAUUGCUCCUACCAACUCCACGUGUCAGCAUUAUGUCUGCAAAACUUGCAAAGGCAAGAAGAUGAUGAUGAAACCCUCAUGUAGCUGGUGCAAGGACUACGAACAGUUUGAGGAGAAUAAGCAGUUAAGCAUCCUGGUGAACUGCUAUAAGAAACUCUGCGAGUACAUAACGCAGACCCCGCUGGCACGAGAUAUCAUCCAGGCCGUUGAUUGUUCUGCAGACCUUUUGGCUUUGCUCAAAGAUGGGUCACCACUCCACGAAGAGACAGAAAAACCUUCCGACGCAGCCUUGGCUUUGUGUUUGACGCCUUCCCCAGUACCUUCCACCUCAGAACUCACAGCUGAUCCUCCAGCCAGCUUUACGUCCAUCCCCGAAAGCGCACACAGCAUCGACAUCCGGGGCUCCGUCAUCAACGGGCUGCCCAACUGCAACGGGCUCUCGGUGGAGAAGCUGGGGGUGGCUAUUCCUUCUCCCGACCACGCCAACGCCAUCGACGUCUGUAGCACCGGGGAGUACAUAAAAACAGAGGACCUCUCCAGCAGCCUGCAGCCCGUGUGUGACCCGGUGUCCACCGGCGACCUGUGCACGACGGGCAUCGACAUCUGCGGCUUCAGCGAGGACAUCAAGCCGGGCGGCUCGCUGCUGCUCAGCGUGGAGGAGGUGCUGCGGAGCCUGGAGACCGUGCCCGGCACCGAAGUCUGCGAGUCCAACCUGCAGCCCGGCUUGGAGGCAAACAUGACCAACGGCCCUUUCCUGCAGCUCGCUCCCUCGCCUCUCAGCCAUAACAUUUUCAUGUCCACAGAUGCUUCUCCUCACGGGAUCUCCUGCACGGCGGCGACGCCCAAGGUGGUGAAGUUGAACAGGAAGCGAUCUCGAUCCGAAAGCGACAGCGAAAAGGUUCAGCCUCUCCCCAUUUCCAGCAUCAUCUGCGGCCCGACGCUGGGAGCCUCGGCUCCCGUCACAGUGAAACAGGAGAACAAAAUGUCUUUGCAGCCUAUUGCGACUGUCCCGAACGGAGGCACGACUCCCAAAAUCAGUAAAACUGUGCUCCUGUCUAACAAAAGCAUGAAAAAGAACUUGGAGCACGCCCCUAAGAAAUCUCGCCCGAAAGCCAAACCGGGGGUGCUGAAAACAAAAGACAAAGCGAAGGAGAAAGUCCCUAGCAGUAACGUUAUGCCAGGAAGCCCGACAAAAACUGUGUAUAAAAAGCCCCAAGAAAAGAAAGGGUGUAAAUGUGGUCGUGCCACCCAAAAUCCAAGUGUUCUUACAUGCCGUGGCCAACGCUGCCCUUGCUACUCGAACCGCAAAGCCUGCCUUGACUGCAUAUGCCGUGGCUGCCAAAACUCCUACAUGGCUAACGGGGAGAAGAAGCUGGAGGCGUUUGCAGUGCCAGAAAAGGCCUUGGAGCAGACUAGGCUUACUUUGGGCAUUAACGUGACCAGCAUUGCCGUGCGCAAUGCCAGCACGAGCACCAGUGUAAUCAAUGUGACAGGGUCACCAGUAACUACGUUUUUAGCUGCCAGUACACACGAUGACAAAAGUUUGGAUGAAGCUAUAGACAUGAGAUACGACUGUUGAAAUCUUUUCUUUUCCCUGCCGUCAGUAGGGGAACUGCUACAGUUUUAAGGCAGCUAUGGUUCUGUUUAACUUGCCGGAGCUCCUGCGUUUAGAUCACUUGUAUCAAGUGUUUUUCAUUGCUAUGUUAUGUGUAUUAGUGUCUGGGAAAUAGUUGCAGAUAAUGGAGGAGUUACCCUGAAACUGAUUUUAGUUCUUACAGCACCUCAUAGUUUGAGAUCAAUUGCUGAUGUAAAUGAUUUUAUCACAAGAUCUUUGGCAAGGAAUUCAUUAACCUCAUUGUACUCGGGUCUUGCUUUGUGCUCAGUCAAAGCUUCUGCUUAAAUGUAGAAAAGUGGCAUCUAGU